GUUUACGUGACUACGUCAUCGUCUGCGUCAGCGUCACGUCGGCGACGGCCACGUUCAGCGGAGACGAGAGCAAGAUGGCGAUUCCGGGCAGGCAGUAUGGGCUUAUUUUGCCAAAGAAAGCACAGCAGUUGCUCCCUGUUUUGCAGAAACCAUCAGUGUUUGGGAAUGAUUCCGAUGAUGAUGACGAGACCUCCGUGAGUGAAAGCCUUCAGAGGGAAGCUGCUAAAAAGCAAGCAAUGAAACAGACUAAACUGGAAAUCCAGAAGGCCCUUGCAGAAGAUUCUACUGUAUAUGAAUAUGACAGUAUUUAUGAUGAAAUGCAGAAAAAAAAAGAAGAAAGUAAUCCCAAAUUGCUUUUGGGAAAAGACCGAAAGCCCAAAUAUAUUCACAACUUACUAAAAGCAGUUGAGAUCAGAAAAAAGGAACAAGAAAAAAGAAUGGAAAAGAAAAUACAGAGAGAACGAGAAAUGGAAAAGGGAGAAUUUGAUGAUAAAGAGGCAUUUGUGACAUCUGCUUAUAAGAAAAAACUGCAAGAGAGAGCUGAAGAGGAGGAAAGAGAAAAGAGAGCUGCUGCACUCGAAGCACGUUUGGAUGUAACCAAGCAGAAAGAUCUCAGUGGAUUUUAUAGGCAUCUAUUAAAUCAAGCAGUUGGUGAAGAGGAAGUACCUACAUGCAGCUUUCGUGAAGCCAGGUCUGAGAUAAAAGAAGAGAAAUCAAGGGGUUAUUCUGAUGAAGUAAGUUCAGAGAACAGAAUACUACAUGAGAAAUGCAUUCUCCAAACUGUUGUGAAAGUAGAGGAAAACCCAGAUACAGACAGUGACUUUGAUGCUAACAGCAGUGAGAAUGAUGAAAUGGAGGAAAAUAAAGUGAACUGCAGAAGGGAAAAGGACGUAGAGACCUCUGAGAAUGACUCCAGGCAUCACAAGAAUCAAACCAACUCACGGUCAUCUAGUGAAGAAAGAGAGCAUGGUACCAAACGCCACACAAAAAGUUCCAAGUCAAGAGGACAUGAGAAAAAGGAAGACCAGCACCAAGGGAGACAGUCCAGGGACCAGGAGAACUAUUACACUGACCGUGAUUACCAAAAAGAAAAGGAUUCCCAUAGGCACAGAGAAGCCAGUCAUAGAAAUUCCCACUGGAAGAGGCAUGAACAAGAAGAUAAACUGAGGGGAAAAGACCAAAGGGAAAGAAAUGACAGAGAAUGGAAAAGGGAGAAAUAUCCCACAAGAGAACAAGAAAGAAAUAGACAACGAAAUGAUCAUGACCGACACAGUGAGAAAGGGAGAGAGAAGGAAGAGAAAGGCAAAGAAAAGGAGGAGCAUAUGAAAGCAAGGAAAGAAAGAUAUGAAAACAGUGACAAAUACGGAGAUAGAGAAAAACAAGAAAUAAGUGUUCAAUCUUCAGAAAGAAAGCGAGACAGAAAGGAAAGCAGCCCGAAUUCUAGGGCAAAGGAUAGGUUCCUGGGCCAGGAAAGAUCCAGUAAAAUGAUAAACAUGGAAAAAGACAAAGAAAGAAACCCAGAGAAACCCUCUAGCUCUGAAACAUCGCUGGGAGCAAAACACAGAAUCACAGAGGAAUGCCAGGAGAUAGGCAAAGAACAAGAGAGAGCAGACGAGGCCUUGAACAAGUUUGCAAAACGGAACAAUGAAGAAACUGUAAUGUCAGCUAGAGACAGGUACUUGGCCAGGCAAAUGGCACGGGUUAAUACAAAGACAUAUAUUGAGAAAGAAGAUGAUUGAAUUCCUGGAACGUGUUGUGGGAACACGUAAAGGAGCAUGUUAAUAGUGGUUGGGAGGGUAUUUUCGAAAUAUAUUUUCAAAAUUUAUUUUUGUUUUAGGUUUAAGUCAAAAGUCAGUCCUUUUAUCUUGAAUGUUUGAAAUGAUAUAUAAUAUUUACUUACCAAUACCACAUUCUUGAUUGUAUUCAGCCAACCUAAACAGUCUACUAAAUCCUGGUAUUUGGAGAAUAUUAGCUACAGUACAACCAUUAAAAAAUGAUUUAAACAACUCAUAAUGUUGGCUUUGUUCCAGAAACUGUUUGUUUUAUAAAUAUUGUUUCAGAUAAAAUUAUGUACAUUUGAACAAUAGGGAAUAUUGUUAUACUUUGUUUUUAAAUUUGUAUUAAAGUGUAAAAUAUGAAUAUAUAUCUUGUCCUAAUAACUUUUUAGCUCAGAGCAUACUUGGCUUAACUGAAAAUAAAAAUAGUGGUGUGUUUAUACAUGUAA